GCUUCCGGCGCUGCGGCGGUCCAGGUUGAAAAUGGCGGCGGCUGUGUCCAGGAUUUCUGGGCUGCUGGGUCGGCCCCGCCCGCAGCUGGGGCGGCCUAUGUCGAGCGGAGCCCACGGCGAAGAGGGCUCAGCUCGCAUGUGGAGGGCCCUCACCUUCUUCGUCGCGCUGCCCGGGGUGGGAGUGAGCAUGCUGAAUGUCUUCUUGAAGUCGCGCCACGGAGAGCACGAGAGACCCGAGUUCGUCCCCUACCCCCAUCUUCGCAUCAGGACCAAGCCCUUUCCCUGGGGAGAUGGUAACCAUACUCUAUUCCACAACCCUCAUGUGAAUCCGCUUCCAACUGGCUAUGAAGAUGAAUAGAGAACCUGGACCACUACCCAGGCACUGGGGACCACAGCAUUGGUUUGGACCAUCACUCUGCACACGGACCAGAAAAAGUGUACGGGACCUUACGCUCACCUUCUUUUAUCAAAUGAUUACCAGUAUACUGAUCUCCCAUCCCUUUGCUUGUGGCAGGAGAUGGCUUAAAUAAACACUUUAAACUUAGAUUGGUCAUGA